AUCCGAAAAUGUUGCUGUCAAAUUAUGUGAUCGAUGGCGUCCGUUUGUAACGUCAUGUUGAAUAUGAAUUUUGAAUUUAAGUUUAUGAUCCAGUGGAAUAUAUUGUGAACAUACAUAAAUAAACAGCAUAAAAAUGGAAGAAUCUAUGAAUGAAAUCGAGGUUAACCAGACCCUCCAAUCGCCACCGCGUCGAAGACGCUCAACAUUCUUCGAAAAGAGAGAAUCGAUUGUACCCCAAACAUUGUCGGAACAUGCUGAACCAAAUGUGUGUAAACAAACUACAGAAACUGCCGACGAACGUAUCGAGAAUCUCUCAAGAUAUUAUGAAAAAUUGCUUGCAGAGAAAGAACAAUGGAAAAAAGAAGUCAACAGCCGGAGAAACAAGUAUCAUGAUCUAAGACAACAAUAUCAGAUGGCUCUCAAGACACCAGGCAGAUCAAGGAUGUCCUACUCAGCACUUUCAGCUGAAGAUAUAGAGUUUCUAAAAGGCAAGGCAAAUAUACCAAAACUGGUUGAAAGUCAGUUGAAGCUCCACAAAUGUGUGAAAGAGUUAAGAGCACUGUAUAAAAGGGCAAAUGAGCUUGAUAGUGUGAUUAUCAAACAUUGUGAAGAGAAGGUUGAUAAAAUUACAGAAUACAUUUUUGAGAACAGUACAAUUGAACCUAAAGAUUGACAAUUUAACCAGAAUUAUGUAAAUAGGCUUUAUUGGAAUUGAUGUAACCUACAUAAGGCAUUCAGUGUAUAAUAAAACAUUUAGAUUACUGUGAACUUAUUAGGUAAUGAUCAAGUAUACAUAUUUGCUAUGUUGACCAAUUAUUGAUUUUAGAUUUUAUCAUAAUUUAAACAAUUAUUAUGUAACCUUUGUGUGUGAAUAUGAUAUUUUUAACUAUUUAGUUAUUUCCUAAAAUAUAUAGUUUGGUAAGUCCUGUAAAUAUAUUGUUAAGGUUUUACUUACCAGUCUUGUACUUUGUAUAAUAAUGUAAAUCUAAUCUUAUCUAGCCCAUAAGAUCCCACCCACUGCUGUGCAAAUGCUUCACCUUAAUUAUGUAAAAACCUUAUAAUAAAGUUACUAACUCAAA